AUGGCUUCCUGGCUUCAGAUCCCCAAGAACUCCCCCUUUUCGCUGGCAAAUAUUCCCUUCGGUAUCAUUUCAUCGCCCAAGACCACUUCUCGUGUGGCUGCUGUUGCUAUCGGAGAUUAUGCACUGAACCUGAGUGCCUUCGCUUCGUCUGGUGGUUUCUCACAGCUCCCCGCCAUCGGGUCUCAUCUGAGUGUUUUCAGCCAGCCCACUCUCAACGCAUUUGCAGCUCUCGGUCGGCCAGUGCAUCGCCAAGUUCGCGAAUACAUUCAGAAAGUUUUCUGUGCGGACACGCCUUUUCCUGAGAUUCUCAAGGACAAUGAAGUCCUCAAGCAGGAAGUCCUUGUGCCUCUCUCCGAUGUGGCCAACCACGUCCCCAUGCAGAUUGGCGACUACACAGAUUUCUACGCCGGUCUCAACCAUGCGUUCAACGUGGGCGUGCUUUUCCGUGGGCCCGAAAAUGCCCUGCAGCCCAACUACAAGCAUCUGCCUGUUGCUUAUCACAGCCGUGCCUCCUCUGUGGUGGCUUCUGGCACUCCCAUCCACCGCCCUAACGGCCAGAUUUUGGCCAACCCUGCCGCAAACCCUAAGGUUCCCACUUUCGCUCCCUGCAGGAGACUAGAUAUUGAACUGGAGCUUGCGGCGUUUGUCUCUAUACCCAACGACCUGGGUAAGCCAGUCUCCAUUGACCAGGCUGAAGACCAUAUCUUUGGUGUUGUUCUGAUGAACGACUGGUCGGCCCGUGAUAUCCAGGCCUGGGAAUACGUUCCCCUGGGACCGUUCAACGCCAAGAACUUUGCUACAACCAUCACCCCCUGGGUUGUCCUUCUCGAUGCUCUUGAGCCUUUCCGAGCUGAGGGCCUGGAACCCGGCAACCGCGAGUCUCUCCUGCCAUAUCUGCGCGAGAAGAGGGUUGCCAACGCCUACGAUAUUCCCCUGCAGGUCGAACUCACAAACGCAGGCGGUAAGCCCACGAUCAUCUCGAACAGCAAUGCAAAGAACCUCCUCUACUCCUUCCCCCAGAUGCUGGCUCACCAUACCAUCACGGGCUGCAACAUGAACACCGGGGACCUCCUGGGAAGCGGCACCAUCUCUGGCAAGGAUUCUCAAACCGAGGGCAGUAUGCUGGAGCAGACGAACGGGAAGAACCCGAUCAAGCUUGCUGAUGGAUCCGAGCGCUUGUUCCUGGAGGACGGGGACACUGUCAUUCUCCGUGGAAUGGCAGGUACGGAAGGAAACUAUGUGGGAUUCGGAGACUGCGUGGGGACCAUCCUGCCAGCUGUAAAGCUUGAAUUUUAA